AUGAUUAAUGUAAGAUCAAAUGAGUGGGUCAAAUGCACAGUAAUAAUGUGCAUCAUGAUGUUUCUAAAAACAGAAGGGUUGGAAGAGGUGGGGAUAACCAUCAUUCAGAGUGGUAUUGCCAAAGGAGCAGUUUGUUUGGAUGGAAGCCCACCAGCAUACCAGCUUGCUAAAGGAUUUGGAGAUGGUGUUAGCAACUGGUUGGUUCAUAUACAGGGAGGAGGAUGGUGCAACUCGGUACAGGAUUGUGUUUCCAGGAAGACGUUGAUCUAUGGAUUGGGAUCAUCCAAGUUGAUGACACCGUUGAAUUUCACCGGCAUUUUGAGCAACGAAAAAGAACAAAAUCCAAUCUUUUAUAAUUGGAAUAGAGUCAUCAUGAGAUACUGUGACGGUUCAUCAUUCACGGGAGAUGUGGAAGAAGUUGAUCCUGCCACUAGCCUUUACUUUAGAGGUGCAAGGAUCUUCAAUGUUAUAGUUGAGGAGCUCAUGAACAUAGGAAUGAAGGAUGCACAAAAUGUCUUUCUAUCGGGGUGUUCUGCUGGUGGGUUGGCUUCAAUACUACAUUGUGACAAGUUCCGAGGACUUUUCCCUACAAGUACUAGAGUAAAAUGCAUUGCUGAUGCCGGUUAUUUUCCUCACAUGAAAGACCUAUCUGGACAGUACAGUUUUGAAACAUUUUACGACCAACUCGUCACAUUACAUGGAUCAGCAAAAUAUUUACCGUCCGAAUGUACUUCAAAUAUGGCACCUGGUUUAUGCUUCUACCCACAAUUCGUUGUGCCUUAUAUCAAGACACCUAUCUUCGUACUAAACUCGGCUUAUGAUACAUGGCAGAUAUCCUACAUUUUUGCCCCCAAUGAAUCUGAUCCUCAUGGCGAAUUCACCAAGUGUAAGACGGAUUUGAACCAAUGCUCCACUGUUCAACUCCAAAGGCUCCAAGAUUUUAGGGCAGAAUUUUUGGAUUCAAUUUCAGUCGUUGGCAAAAGUUCAUCCAAUGGAAUGUUUAUUAACACUUGCUUCGCUCACUGCCAAUCUGAAUCUCAACAAGCAUGGUCUGGAAAUGAUGCUUCAAAAUUGGACAACAAGACCAUUGCAGAGGGAGUUGGUGACUGGUUUUUCGACAAAAGUGAGUUUCGAAAGAUAGAUAAUGAGCAUAUAUUGCCACAUUAUUGUUAG